UUUUAUUGUUUUCUGUAAACAUCAUGGUAAAAUAGUUGUUACAGAGGUGCGGAUUAGGAGAGUGGAGUUUUGUGGAGUUUUGUGACAAAAGAAAUGGAAGACCCUUGUUUGGAGGUAGAAAACAGAGAGCUGCAUUAUUCUAAAUAAAGAAUUUUGUUUCUUUAAUCAAAUCAGCAGAACAUUCACCAGGAAGAAGCAGAGCAAAAGUUAAGGGAUAUCUGAAGGACAGUUGAGAGUACAGUUACGGAACUUUAUUAGGGUUACUAUUAACAAGACUUAAAAGAGAAAGAUUGUAGGCAGGACUUGAGUGAAAGGAGUAAAAGAACCUAGAAGAGGGCAAGUAUCAUGGACAAUGUGCAAAUUCUCCCAUAUACAAGCAUGUGAGAGAAUAAGCACUUGAGAAGAUGCAAAAUUAGAGAAUAUUAACAGUGGUGAAGUUUGUCUUUAUUUCCUACAACUACGACUCUUGCAUUGCUUCCUUUCCUGCAUGUAUGGGUAAGGGAAGAAGAGUAAGAAAGUUUUGCAUCUAGUUGGAGAGGAAAAGCAAAAGAGAACUAUGACUCAAGACAGAAGAUAAAGUCUUUCUCUAACAAGUUGAAAUGCUCCUUAUUGAGACAAGCUGUACAGCAGAGCAACUGCAGUAGAAGCAUUUGUCCUCUUGGCUAGAGUGUAUUGUGGAUCCACUGUACAAGAACAUUUUCAAAGGUACAACUACUUAUUUUGAAACACAUCUUCAGAGUAAAAAAAAAGUAAAUAAAUUCAGAGAACAUACAAAUGUCUUAUCAUUCCCAAGACAUUAAGGAGAAUUAUUAGAAUUACGUUGAACAAAGCAGGAGAAACAGAAGGAAAUUCACCCUUGCAUUACUGAAGAUUGUGAAACAAUGGAGUCUUUUAUCUGCCAACUUCUAUUGAGUUUGCUUAGCAGGAAGCAGUAGAUGAACCCCUGCACAUCAGAAUAGCAAUGUGCAGGACGCUGCCAUCACAGCUGACAUCAGUCACAUCGCUCAAGCUACUUCUUGAGAAAUGGGUUCAAUGGUGCUUGAGAUAAAGUGUAGAACACAUAGAAACCAAAGGAAGAUUUCUAGGAAGCCAGAAAGGCUAAAGGGGAGACAGAUCAUGUGUCUGCCUUUCUCUCAGAUGCUGAAGGAGCACAAAGGUAAGGAAUGAAAAAGAAUAUAUAAGCAAAGCUCCAUGUGUAUGAGCAUGUACAGUACGCAGUAUGGGCAUGAUAGCGAUGGGUUGAUAGUUGCACCUGACAUCCUUAGAAGUCUUUUCUAACCUAUGAUUCUAUGAUUCUACUACGUUGGUCAGCUUGCAAUGUCAAUGUUAACAUUAUGUUAUUGAAAUAAUGUAUUUUGCUCUAGGAAAUAGAUUAGAAAAUUGAACUUUUAUAUUUUUCCUUCUCUGGAAUUCAAGGUUGAUGCCAUUGAAGUAUUUGAAAUUGAAGUUAGCUUUGUAUGUCUUUUUUUUUCUUUCUCUUUUAGCUCUAGAAGAUACAGAUUCCUAAGCUUCAUAUAUAAAGCACACUCUUAAAAUUAACUUUCUCACUCAGGGACACAGCUGUAAGAUUUUAUAAGUUUGAGAACACAUUCCUAAACAUCUUUACUUCAGUAUUCCUCAUCCAUUGCAUAAACCAUCAUGCCCAAAGCUAAGCAAAUGCCAUUGUUGAGGUGUGACAAGCUUCUAAUCUAGCCUUGAUUGCACUGUGGAAAGAAAUGAACAAUGAAAAGUAAAUCUGGUAUUAAAUAACAGCACAUGACAAUGAACAUUUGUUGCCAAGAAUUAGAAACCUGUGAGCCUGACUUACAGAACUCUUGCCUUAAUUAGCCCUUUUCCUGAAACAGAUUUAACUUUUUUGUGGGCUAUAUAAUCCUGCCUGCUAAUCUGUUUUGCAUGUCCAUUAAGAUUCUACUAAGAAAGGGAUGUCUUCUAUUCUACUUGAGAGCACAAAAAAAAACCACUUUUCUGCCUUAUGCAGCAUAUUGACCAUACAACAAUGAAGAAGUUGCUCCAUGACUGUGUAUACAGUGAUUUGUAAAUCCCUUUGAGCCAAGUCUUGAGAAAGACUGCUAAUAAAAGAGUAUUGCUUCACAUGACUUCUUUGCAGGGCUGUAGACUACGUACCUCCGCCCCCAAUUGCCUGGGCUGUUUGCAUACUGGGGCUUUGGUUGCUACUACAGAUAAACUGCACAAAUAAAUGAAUCUGGCUGUUGCUUUAUAUUCACUUGCCUUGUUUCAGUGUAUGUAUGUUCACAACCUCUUCUCUGCCACUUCUCAGUAGUACAUUGUGACUGUAUGGGGGUAGAGAACGAUGUUGCUCUGCAGCAAUUAAAAUCCCAAGAUGCACAGUAUAUCUAUACUGCUUUUAGGCCUGUGGAACCAAAUUGUAACUCAAAGUGUGAAUCUUUUCCUAUUACAUUUGAGCCUGUAUCAUGGUAAUCUAUACUGCAGGUUUAAUCCUACUAAUAGCAAGAGGAUAAUCAUAGUAACUGUGUAAUGUUUUUAAUUUUCUGGUGUAAUUUUUAAGUUUCUGGUGUUGUCUGUAAAUAUUUUCCUGUUUUAACAAAUUAUGAAGGGAAUGUUGCAUGGUAAUGCUGUUGAUUUUCUGUCAUUUCUUUUACCUGUUGUGAUUUUGAAAUAGUUUUGUGUCCAUAAACUGGAUGAUAGUGGUCAUGUUCCUACAGAAUACAAUUGCUUUUAUGUAUUCCACCUUGCUGCAGUGCCAGUAGCUACCAUAUAAGUCACCAUUACCAUCCACCCAAGCAUUCGCAGCUACUGUCAUCUGUAGCAUGUUGCCAGAACUCUAAGAAAUAAUGAUCUGAAGUCCCAGUCUUUUAUAUGAAAUUACUUUUUUUCUUUACUGUUACACAAACUCUACUGCUGGCCUAUUUGCAGUACGCUGUGUCAAUAAAAUGAAAGAUAGUUUUAUAUCCUCAGUCAGAAGGUUAAAGGAAGAAUCUGUGAAACAACUGGAAUGAUUCAUCAGUAAGGAGAGGUUUCUGAGUGUUCAAUGUGCUUUAGGCAACUCUAGGCAGCAUAAGUUUCAGCAGAAAGUUUUGUGCUUUGAUUUUUAUAGUACUGAAUAUGUAUUUUAAAAAUUAUGUCUUUACUAUGUAAUAAAAAGUCCUUAUCUUGAUAUAAAUAUUAAGGAGUGGUCAAAACUGACACAUAUUUUGAUAUAAUUCAAAUUGCAGGUGAACCAGGAAAAGGAAGAUGUAAGUAAACUAGCAAUAAUACCACACUGCCAAAAAGCACUGAGAGAAGGAGGGUUGUUUACAUACAAUGAACCCUCAUCCUGUCUGUUGGAACCCUCAUCCUGCCAGUCUACCAUUACUGUAAUACAGUAGUAGAAUAUGUAUUACCCCAGAAGGAUUUGAGAGCAAUCCACCAUUUGUUUUCUUCCAGUCACAGAGCAGUCACCAGUGGAAGAGCUGGAUUCAGAUGAUGAAAGGGUAGGAGACAUAUUACCAAUAUCCUAAGUAUAAAUUUAUUUGAAAAAAUACAUCUCUCAGUAAACACUGCCCAAAAACCUUUCAUGAACUAUUGUAUGAGAACACACAGGUGACAUGCAAUGGCUUUGCCAGCUAGCCAAGAUCUUAAGAUGUAGUCAUGCAUGCUCUUUUUCUUCCUAUUAUCUCUUUGGCAUAUAGGAGACUGCUCUUAAGGCUAUUCUGUGCAGGAAGUGCUAAGUAUGUUCAUAAAGGUGUGGCUUAGCUCCCUAGCAAUUCCAUGGUAACACGGGUGUAGUAAACUAGCCUUAAGUAAAACAAACAAGCUUUGUGGAAAUCAAAAGCUGAGAAUGCAAGCUGUCUCUUUGAUUAAAGCAUAAAAUCUUUGAUUUAGGUGGUGAGCUGCACCUUGUUUCCCUGCAUCCAGCAGUUUCACAGGGGUUGGAUGCAUUAUGUCUUUCAGUGCUUUCAAUGCUAAUGCAAAGGAAUGUUUUUAAAAAUCCCUUUUUGCAAGAUGUGAGAAAAAGAGGAUAAAUUUAUAUAGUCACAAAAAUGUGGCUAAAGGGAAAAGCCUUGUUCCAUUUACUAAAAACCUCAUCCUAUACAGAACGGCUUAUCUGAAAGUGAGAGGAACAGAGCAGAACACUUAAUACGAAACAGAGUCUACACCCUUUGUCAUGUUUGUCUUCCCAGGGAAUAAAGAUGAAUAGCAUAAGCUUCAAUUUUGCAGGUGAGUCAGGUUGCUAGUACUUUCAUCUAGCAAGAAUUUAAAGAUGGAAUUGCCUUCGACAAAAUUCUGCACCUCUAAAACAUGCUUUUUCCUACUGUAGAUACAUCAUCAGACGUGGAUUCCUACCCACAUAGAAAGUAAACCAAAGAUCUGAAGGGACCAGAUCUGAUCUUCAGAGUCUUACAAUUUAUGCCUGUGCGAAGUAGGUGUAAAGUACUACCCAACAUGACUCCUCUGUUACAGCGAUAGCCAGUCUGUCUGCCUUUAGUGACAGCUGCAGGUAUUCUGUAGUGACUGCCACACAAACACUUCAUGUGCUUUAAGGCCAUGGAUUCAUAAUACUCUAAUACAUAUGUACCCUCCAUAUCUUCCUAUUCCCACUAGUCACUUCUUUUUGCUUAGGAUAACUGUGUGUGGGACCAACCUCUGAACCAAAUGGGGGAAUGGAUUCAUCCUAAGGAAUAUGCAUCCAAACUGAGUUGGUGUGGUGUUCCAAAUGGAACAAAACAGUUAAAACCAGUUUUAAAUGAAUUGUAUCUAGCUUUCUAGAUCAGGAUAGGUAUUUCAAAGCCAGUUCAGGGUACAGCCCCACAGAUAGUAGCUAUGAAAGAUCGGGGAGGACAGCAAUGACUUAGAAUGAAUAAAUGAGGAUUAGAAUGAAUAAAUGAGUCUGGAUGAACAAGGUAUGCCUGAAACUGGUAUUUAUCUUUUAUACUGGUGUUUAUCUUUUAAACCCACAGCUUUAGGGCACAGUUCGUCACAUAUUAUGGCAGGCCACCCAGCUCCUGUUUCUGCUACUUCAGUGCAGGUAUGGUUUUUUAUAGUGCAUGUAAGGAUUUAAUCUAUCUUAAAAAAAAAAAAAAGAGGAGAGGCCAAAAUCAGCCCAUAAACUGUGGACAAGGAGGUUGGACUUGUCUGUCUCCCCAUCCACAUAAAGCAAAGCACUGGACAAUGGGAAGCAACAGUUGAACGAUGGCAAGUCAACCUAAGUCAACGUCUCAGGCAACUACUUUACCCACAGUGUUAGCAGCAGCAGCUGAAUGAUGGUAAGUCCAAGUUGUGUCCCAGACAUCUGCUUUACCUAGAGCACUAUCAGUAUGUUGACUCUUCUCACUGCAUAGCCACACCCAGGUUAUGCCAGGCAAUUUUCUCUUCUGUGUGCCCUAGGAGUCUUUCCCUUUUGCUUACCACCAUACAAUUAUGUGUAAAAAAGACACAAUCUUAAUGUAUUGUAACUAUGUCACACUGCACUUGAAAUAGUUACUUGAGAAAAUCAAAGAAAGACUGAACACAAGGUGAUAUUUCCUGUCAAACAAGGGUGUGCCACGUUAACAGAGGGCAGUGGAAAGGAGGUGUGGUAGUAUUGGCACUUAUAAAACAGCUCUGUCAGAGCAUUUUAUCACAACUCCAGCAAAUUGGGAAGAGAAAGGGCAGAACUAAUUCCAUCUGCAUGCCAUGUGCUUACUUAUUAUCUAUGUUUAUAAAGCAAUUCUGUGCUUAUUAAGUGAUAAAAUGGACUGACUUGCAUCAGAUGACAUCUUAAAUUAAAAAUUUCUACAGUACACCAAAGGGAAGAACAUAUUUAGUACAUGUGUGUUUAGUACAGACAUGUUAGUAUGUGUGCAUUGUAUGUAUCUAUAUAUUCUUGAAUACAUCUACAUACUGCAAUAUGUGUAAUUGGCAGUGUUUCUUCUUAGAAAUUCACAUCACUCUAAUGUUGACUCAAUAUAUUACUAAGGACACUACUAUCUUACUUCCAUCAUUUAUUUCACAGCACAAUAAAAUCUAUGAUCAAGGCAAAGGAACUAUGGUAUUUGCUUAUCCAUACUCAGAAGUUAAAAUGAACAGAUGAUCUGUUAAGUAGAAGCAGUGCCAUUAAUUUGAGUGAGAAUCUGAUGACUGUAUCCACAUAAAUAUGUAGUACAAUUCGGUAUCCAUGCAAGCAAUUGCAUCUAGAGGAACUGGAGAAGAAAAUGGGAUACCUGCCAAAACUGUAGUUGUCUUACUUAGUUGUAAAUGAUAGAGUAGAAGCAAAAUGGCAUAUUAAUUCUGCCAGUCUGUUAGUAACUAGUCAGACAAGACUAAGGCCAUGUACUUUCAAUACAACACAGUCAAAACCAAAAUACAAAAGUUGUGUAAGAGACUUGAUUUUCUGGAGAAGAUUGUUCCAUUCUUGAGAAUGGAUGUGAUAGGAUGCAGAGCAUGUUAGAAAUCCCUGUGUCAAUUCCUGAAUAUGUAAUAAUUGGUGAUGAAGUUGAUUGGAAAAAAAUAAUCCCAAUGAAGAUGAAAGAUCAAGAAACCGCUGUACGAUGGGUGGCCUAUGGUGUCUCAUAUGGAUGUACAUACUUGUAUUCAUCAGCAUAUUAUAAAAAAUUCAUCAAUGAAUUAUCCUUAAAGCCUAAGUGCUUCAACAGCUGUUUAAGUUUUGCUUAAGUUUUGCAUUUAUGUUUUACUUCUGUUCAUUCUUUGGUGAGAAAAAGAUGUGCAUUAGCAUAUCUUCAUGUGGAAUAAGUUUAAUUAAAUUAUAAUGAAGAAUCAAAUAUUAGAGCAGCCAAGUCAAAUGGGAAAGAAACAUUAUAGGAACACACCCUCAUUUUUAUCGGUGUUUUAAGUCAACUGAGGGCUUGUGGUACAAUUAAAUAAAAAGCCAAAGCUAUACACAUUACUGUUCUCUGCCAAGAUAUUUUCAUGAAGCUGGUGUCAAGUUGUCAGUAAAGCCUGAGAAAGCAUAACUUGUAUUAAGUCAUCAUUAGUUGUGCAAUUUGGUCUGUUGUUUUUCACUGAGCCAUUUGAACUUCCAGUAUACAGUCUUUAGUAUUCCCUUGCUGAUGAAUUCUUUCAUCACUGCUAUCUUGCAGAAUUGAUUGUCAACUCUCAGUAUGUGAGAGUAGUGUAUGGCAUGAUCUUCUGAUGUGGAUGGUAACACUUUCACUUCAUAUGUUGCCGAAUUGUAGUUUAUGUUGGAGUUGAAAGUGCAUGUUUCGGGUAGCUUUGGCUGAUUACGUGUUUCAGUGGAUUUCUGAAAACCUUCUUUACCUCCAGUGUGAAGGCGUAGAAGUGAAUGAAAGCUGAUACUUUGGCUUUUAGCUAUUGCAGUUUGAGUUAUCAAUAUAUGUGCUUCUCUUCACUAAAUUGUGGUGGUGGUGCUGGGGGCAAGGAAGGUGGCAGUGGCUUUUUUGCAUUAUAGCAGAAGUAACAACUCACAUCUCACAUAAAAUCUUUCUUUUUUUUACUGCUGUUUGCACUGACGUAUGUAAAGUGCAUUAUGCUUUCAGUGGCCAAAUAAAGAUGUAUUAUCAGUAUGUGUCUUGAUCUAAGACAAAAUAUUAAUUUGCAUAAGAAAUAAUAUUUUCUGCUGAAUUUUUCGUUUUCAUGUUGUACCUGAGACUAUCCAAAAUGUUACUGAUUGCAUUGAGAAUUUAUUUGGGCAGAUUUUAGGGGCAGUAAAGCUUUACAGAAAGUGAUUUUGCAGUCACAAAUAAGGCAGAUUGAAAGGUUCAGGAAGUACUUGCAUAUUCAUCUCAUUAGGUAACAGAAAUCCUAUCACAUGGCUUGUCUGAUUUACCGCAGCUUUAAGAUCCUGUCUCAACUAGUUUCUGUGAAUUAUUUGAAAGAUCAGAUGGGCCAGUAGGAAAAAGUUUCUCAUCAGCAACAUAGUUGCAGUGUUGGAGCAGGUUAUUCCUGGAGUUUUGGAAUCAUUGUCCUUGGAGGUUUUCAGGACUCACCUGGACAAAGCAUUGGUGGCUCAAUCUGGUGUUGGUGUAGUCCAGCUCUGACUGCAGUGUUGGACAGGAGGACUUCCAGAGGUCCCUACCUGCUAAUAUUUCAAUGAUUCUAAUUCCGGAAAACUGUUUAAAGACUUAUUUGAAGGGAAACAUGAUUUCUAAUGAGACAAAAGUCUAAAUUUACUGUGUAAUUGUUUAAACUGGUAACCUUAGUAUAAGCUUAUAAUAAUAUUAAUGAAGGACAGUACCAUGCAGGUGCCUUUGGUCCAUCCAUAAAUUUCAUAGAAAAAUAGAAUUUUGAUAUUCAAAAGCCUGAAAUCUGCAGAAACUCAACUAAACAACUUACAGUUCAUUGGAAUUAAGUGGGAGCUGAGUAUGAAUACAACUUUUGUAAGCUUGGACAACGGAUCGAUUUUCAGCCCAUAAGGGAGAGAAACUACGUAAAAUGAUAGAGAAAGCAAUUCCAUUUUUAUUUAUGUAGCCUAGUCAUCAGUUUAACAUUUUAGUUUGAGUCAAAAAUAAAUUAAAUUCCAGCUGGUGCAGAAUUGUGAGUGCUUUCAGUACAGCUUGGUGAGGCUAAUAUCUGCAGGGUAUCAAUCCAUCAGAAACCACCUUUCUGACACAUUUUUGCAUAUUACCAAGCUUUUAUGAUUAUCCCAAUGGGAUUUUGAGGCCUCCACACUACAUUUACAAUCAUUACAGACCUACCUGGCAGACCAAAAAAUCAGAUCUCUCAAAACAUCUGGACAGCAAUCAAAGAACACUGCAAAGCAGUUCUUCCCAUGCCCUUUCCCACUCAUUUGCUGUUAAAGAAAGGAUGCCAAAAAAUUCUUAACAUACGGGUUUAUGUUUCAAGAAUUACAGUAAGCUCCUCCUUCAGAAAGCGUUGCCACCGUUGCUUAUAAUCUCAUCUAGGAGCUAAGAACUGAAUGGCUCCUGGAUGUCUUUUUAUGUUUGCUUAUAGGUGACAUUUCCCCUGACAAAUCAUUUCAGAGAGGCUGAGGCACACAGAAAAAAUUCUGUUACUGUUGUGCAAAUAAACAAGGGUCCAUACUUAUUUAACUUAGCUUCUUGGUUUCUCAGAAACAAAAUGAUUUUUUCUAGAAGAGACCUUUGGAGGUCAUUUUGUCCACAGUCUCAGCGUGACCAAUUUUGAAGUUAGACCUGACUUCAUAGUUAGUUUGCAUUUCUCAAGGCACUUCAAGCUAUUUGACAAGAUUCAUAAUCAUUGUCUUCCUUUUAACUGAUGAGUAAAGUAGGAAGGAAGUGAGGAAGACAAAUAACUUUUUGAGAUACAAGUUUGGAACAGAGGACUGACUUUUAGCUACUCUGAAAGUUAAGUUUUGCUGUAGAUCUGAACAUAGCAAGGAUAUCACUCCAUAUCUCUUGUCCCUAAGUUUCAUCCUCUUUUUAUUUGGCUAUCUCAAAAAGACUUCUGUGGUCAGAACAUUCGGUCAGUGGUGUUUUUAAUAAUGUAGUAAAAGAGGGCCUUGUUUUUGUUUUGAGUUGUUUCUAUUUAUGGAACUGAGGGAGGAGUGUGUAUGGUAAGAAUGAAAUUGUCACAGAUUUGUCCAUUUCAAGCACAAUGUAUUAAAUGAGCUUCUUCAACUUUCUUAUGUAACCUAAGACAGUUUUAUUUUCCAGUUUUGCUGUAUUAUAAAAAAUAAAUGAAAAAAAAAUGACUACAAUGCUAACCUUGGAUAAUGAUGAAUCUUCAUCUUUAAAACUUUUAUUCGCCAUCCAAGACAUUAUCCUUGUAUGGAGCCUACAAACAAGAACGUCUAUAAACAUGACUGCCAGGAUUAAAGCUAAAGCAGUGAUACAUCAUCAGGACUGCUUUUCAGCUGCACGUGAGCAACAGAGACAACAGCUGAGAGGCAUUUAACAGCUACUUUGUGAAGUUCACUGAGCUGCACCUGUGUGCUGUGAAGUUCUCUGCGUGGUCUCCACCAGUUGUUUCCCCCUGUGGUCAUGACGGCUUCGCACAGUGACUCUUUGGUGGUGUUGUUUGGGGCAACAGCUGGUGCAUAUGGGGCUAAACUGGGUUCGGAUGAGAGGGAACUAAUUCUCUUGGUGUGGCAAGUUGUGGAUCUCCCCAGCAAGAAGGUAGGGACGCUACACAAAUCCCUGGUGAAAGCAGACAAUUUGGAGUUAAGUGACCAAUGUCGUGAAGUGAGUGGUUUAACACCAGAGGGACUGGGCAAAGCUGAGCCUCUGGACCGGGUUCUUCAACAGUUUAUUCAGCUGGUAUCCAGUGAUUUGAAAGUAUUUGGAAGGAACUCUUACACCCUUUGCAGUGAUGGCCAGUUACUCAUUCGACAAGUCCUCCACCCAGAAACAUCUAAGAAGAAUUUCCUGCUGUCAGAAUGCUUCUAUUCCUUUUAUGAUCUGCGCAAAGAAUUUCACACGUGCUACCCUAGUUCAGCCGCCGUGAAAGACCAGACUAUCAAGACCAUGGCAGAAUAUCUAGGCUUAGGGACAGAUGAAGCAGAGGAGGACUUUGGCGUGUGGCAAGUAAAAACAAUGGUGGCUAUCAUUUUCAGCAUGCUCUCUGAAAAUUGUGAUCACAUAUUUACUGACCCUGAAACUGUGAAAUACAAGUACGAAACAGGUCCUUGCAGCAAAUCAGAAACAGUGGAUAGUGAGACGGUAAUACGUGCUAGAGGUUUGCCGUGGCAGUCUUCAGACCAAGAUAUUGCCCGAUUCUUCAAAGGGCUCAAUAUUGCCAAAGGUGGCGUGGCCCUUUGUCUGAAUGCUCAAGGAAGAAGAAAUGGUGAAGCAUUAGUUCGAUUUGUCAAUUCUGAACAGAGAGAUCUGGCACUGGAAAGACAUAAGCAUCACAUGGGUAGCAGAUACAUUGAGGUUUACAAAGCAACUGGGGAAGAAUUCUUAAAAAUUGCAGGAGGUACCUCCAACGAAGUGGCUCAGUUCUUAUCUAAAGAGAAUCAAGUUAUCAUCCGGAUGAGAGGUCUUCCAUUCACUGCUACUCAGGAGGAUGUUUUAGGAUUCCUGGGGCCAGAGUGUCCAGUCACAGGAGGGAAAGAAGGACUUCUCUUUGUCAAGUACCCAGAUGGCAGGCCCACAGGAGAUGCAUUUGUGUUGUUUUCCUGUGAAGAAUAUGCACAGAAUGCACUUAAAAAGCACAAAGAAAUACUUGGGAAGCGUUACAUUGAACUCUUCAGGAGCACAGCAGCAGAAGUUCAGCAGGUACUUAAUCGAUACAUGUCAACGCCUCUUAUUCCCACCCUCCCAACUCCCAUCAUUCCUGUUAUACCCCCACCAUAUACAAUUGCCACGGGUAGCAUACGGGACUGUGUCCGGCUUAGAGGCCUUCCUUAUACUGCUGGCAUUGAUGAUAUCCUGGACUUCAUGGGAGAUGCCACAGCUGAUAUAAAGCCUCAUGGAGUUCACAUGGUCCUUAAUCAACAGGGACGACCAUCAGGUGAUGCUUUUAUCCAAAUGAAAUCUGCUGACAAAGCCUUUAUGGUGGCUCAAAAAUGUCACAAAAAAAUGAUGAAGGACCGUUAUGUGGAAGUAUUCCAGUGUUCAGGAGAGGAGAUGAACUUUGUUUUAAUGGGUGGCACUUUAAAUCGUAGUGGCUUAUCCCCACCGCCAUGUAAGUUACCAUGUCUUUCUCCACCAGCUUAUGCUGCUUUUCAAACAGCAGCUGUGAUCCCAGCAGAAGCAGCGCUUUACCAGCCACAAGCCCUCUUGCCAACAGCAAGGACUCCCCAGGCCUCAGCUGCUGCUCCUCCAGCUGUUACCUACUACCCAGCUCAGGCUGCUCAGCUUUAUAUGAACUACACAGCUUACUAUCCCAGUCCUCCAGUAUCCCCUACCACAGUGGGAUAUCUUACAGCUCCUCCAGGAGCUGUAGCUGCUGCUGCCACUGCCACCCACACUCCACUUCUACCCCAGCCUGGAGCAUUAGUCCGAAUGCAGGGUUUGCCGUAUAACACAGGAAUGAAGGAGAUUCUAAGUUUCUUCCAGGGAUACCAGCUCCACACAGAUUCCAUCCUCAUGCUUUACAACUUUAGUGGCCAGCCCAGUGGAGAGGCAUUGGUGACUUUUCCAAGCCUGGAUCUAGCUAAGAAAGCAGUGGCUGAGAAAAAUGGACAGCUCCUGGGAGGCUGCUGUGUAGAACUGUUGCUGGUCUAACUAAACACACUCUGGGGCAUGGGGAAGGAAUGUCGUGCUGAACACUGUGCCUUUUACAAAAUAAGGAGUCUUCCCUUGCCACCCCUGCAGCGUCAAAUGUGCCUUUUCAACAUGCUGUGUUGGAAUGUAGAAUGGUACAUGUCCUGUAUUUAAUUUGAAAAAGGGUGUAUUGUAUGCCAAAGAUAAAGCAACAGGAAAAUAUAUGCAGUUAAUUUACUUAUUCUCUUAUGUACUUGUUUGAAAAUAAGCGAACCCCUUAUUGGCAACUUGUUAAUUCUGAAGACAGUCUAAUAGCACUUCAGCUGUCGCAGCCAUGGGAGGAACCUAUUGCCUGUUCAGUAGCAUUUGAAGUGGAAAGUGAAGCUUGAGUCAUUCAGAUUCUUCUGUGUUUAGUUUUUAAGAGUUUACACUCAGCAAAGUGUCUGUUUUUUGUAGAAUUGAAAUGUCUUUAUAAAGGGCUUUUGGAAUGUGUAGCAUUCCCAACUCAAAGCAUAUAGCUCAUUGAUUUAUUUUUUUUUUCCAUGGUUGUUCUUGAUUGGAAAAUACCAGGAUGCUGGACCCCAAAUACAGUUGUGCUUUCUCAUGUUUUCGUUAUGUUGUUUUGCAAAGCCAUAUUUGUCUUUCCUACCAAUGUACUGCUGCCAAAUGUGUAAAGCAAAAAAUAAAAACAAUGGCAAAAACGGAAGAAUCUUCUGUGCCCAACCAGAAUUCCCUACCCAACCCCAAAUUUUUAAUCUCUACAGGACAAAAAUGGCACAUAAACCUGAGUACUAAUAAGUUAUAUUUUUUUAUUUAAGCAUAAUAGCUUUCAAAUACUGUAUUAAAGAUUCUGCUCUAGUUUAUGUGCAUGCAAUUUGUUUACAUCUUUGAACUACUUUAUUUGUAUAUUAUGAAACAACAAGAUAUGUUGAAAUCUAAAUUCUCUAGUGCAUGCUUUUUUCUUUGUGUGUAUAUACAUAAGCUAGAAGUACUUUGUCAUGUAGCAUGUGUUUAAAAAAAAAAAAAGACAUCUGCUGUAGAAGCACUAAAUGACUUUGUUUUUACCGUGCCUUACUUCAAAACUAUUCCAAGUGCAAUACCAGCAGAGCAAAACAUGAGUCCUUUUGUGACAUGUUCAUGGAUGUCUGGAUUGAUUUUUUUUGUUUGUUUUGUUAGCGUACAAUGCGUUGUACUUAAAGGAACUGAAUGAUGUAUGCUUCUUUAUAUUACAACGAAUAAAAGAGAUGCUUACGA